AUGGCUGCAACUGCAGCAGCAGCUCCAGCUGGCUCUGCUGCCGCAGCAGCAGCCGCGGAGGAGGUGGCCGGGCUGGACCGGGUGCUCACGCGCCUAGCACUCACCAAUGACGACAAGCUUGAAAAGGUCCUCCAAAAGCUGAUCCCGGUGGUCAUUGGACAGCUCAAGUCACCCCACCCACCCACAUUCAACAAGGUCCGAGAAAUCCUGUCUCACGUGAACAAACGGCUAAAGGGCCUCCCAGCGAUGCAGCUGCCCCUGGCUGAGCUGGUGGCAUUGUACCGGAGCGAUACCCCCCCGGGUACAACUGUCACGCAGUACAGCUUGGUACGGAACUUUGCGCUGGUGUACGCGGAGAUGGCGUCGGAGCGGGCUCCGGGACCUGACAGGCUGGCGGCGCUCCCCUCGCUGCUCCCGGACAUAUCCCGGCGGCCUGCCGACCAUCAGGCCAUACUGCUGCGUAUUGCCGCAGCGGCACUGGAACACCAGCCGCCGCCGCCGCCGGGCGCCAACGUCAGCGUCGCCGUCGGCGGUGGCGGCGGCCUUGGUGGUGGUGUAGCUGCCGUACCGGGUCUGAUGGCGUCGUCGUCGUUCUUGUCGUACGGCCUGAAGCUGAUGCUGUACGUGCCACGUGUCUCCCGGGCGCCCGCCACCCCGCUGGCGGCUGGUCAGGUGGUUCGUCGCAAGUUGGGUUUCCUGAACCUGCUAGCUGCUGCGGGUGUUGGCGGUGCGUUGCUGCCCGUGGGGGCGGUGUUGCCGCACAUGAUGGUGGGUGCAACCGACCCGGCUGAGCUGGUGGCACGUCGUGCGGAGGAGCUCCUGAAGAGAUCCGCGGCCCUGGAUCCAAAUCGCCCCGCUGCGAAUCUAGAAGAUCCGGAACUUGUACGACAGCUCCUGAAGCUCUUCCAUGGGGGCGCCACACGGCUGUUCUUCGACGGCACUGGAGAGGAAGGCGGCGGCGGCGGCGGCGGCAGUACGGCAAUGGCAGCGCCGCCUGCGGACCUUGUGGCGUCGCCGGCGGCAGCUGCGCUGCGGUCGCGGCUGGUGUCGGUUUUUUGCAGUGCAGCGCAACACCACGACCGCAUUCUCACUGACUGCGUCAUGCCGCCCAGCGGCGGCGGCGGCGGCGGCGGCGGCGGGGCUGUUGCUGGCGGCGGAGGGGGUGCGGGUGGCGGCGGUGGAGCUGGCGGCGCCGCCAUGACGGGCGUGUUCGCCCGGCUCCGGCAGCAGGGUCUCGAGCUGUGCGUGUGGGUUUUUAAGCACGCGGCCCGGCACCAGCUCAAGGCCAUGGGCCCCGUGGUGUUGCAGGCCAUAGGCAGCCUGGCUCAACGGGUUCCGGAGCUGCUGCAAACCAGAACCGACAUUGCACGGCGCUUCUUUACGGCUCUCUCGGACGAGCCGCCCGGCGUGAGGGCCGCCGUACAGGAGGCCACCAGCGCCCUAUCCCGUGCAUUUGUCGUUGCCGUACCGCCACUGCACGCCACGCGCGCGGACGGGGCGGCAACCGCCGGCGCGAUGGGGAAGGCGUACGGCGAGCGUACGGCAGAGCUGGACGAGCUGCUGCUGGAUAGCGUGCGUAGCCCCAAGGAUGCCGUACGUUUGUGCGCCGUACAGUGGGCAUGUCGGCUGUUCCCCUUCCAGCACGUGCCCGCUCGAUGGGGCAGUUCUGAGGUUGCUACUGCGGCGCUGGAGGCCCUGCUGGAGGUGGCGGCGGAGGACUCCAGGGGUGUGCUGGCGGCUAGUAGCGUCAAGCAGGAGGAGGCCGAGGGCUGCCUGCUGGCCAUCGGCCUCAUCACGCAUGCUGCCGCCGGCGGCAAGCCCCCCCUGGACCCCGCUGCUAUCAGCGCCGCCGUAGACACCGUGGCGGCGAUACUUGGCGUCGCCGCCGGCCCCGCCGCCGCCGCCGCCGCCGCCACCACGCCGCCGCCGGGGCCGCCGGCCAUCCUGCGCGCUACGGCAGCGCUGUCGUUGUCGUACGCUUGCGCGUCUGGGAUUCAGCCGGCGCUGCUGGCGCCGGCGCCGGCGGCGCUGGAAGACGCUGCUGCGGCGGCUGCUGCCGCCGCCACCGACGCCGCCGCUGGCGGCGCCGCUGUGCAGCAGGUCACCAACGGCACGCAAGCUCCGCAGACGCCGCCACAGCCGCGGAUCCUGGAUUUAGCCGUUGGAUCCAUUUUGGAUUUGCUGGCGGACAAGGACGCCAAAGUGGUUUCACGUGCCGCCGCCGCCGCCGGCUUUCUGGCGGGCGGUUGGGGAGCCGCCUGGGCCCCGGACGCCCUCGUCAGCGGGAAACUGGUAGAAGGGCUGUUCAGUACGGCAACCAACAAGUCGGAGGACGUACAAUUCGCGGUGGGCGAGGCGCUUGCCUGGGCUUUCGGCGGUCUCUCCCCCGCGGCUCCCGCUGACGUCCUCAACAACAACUUCACGGCACUGGCGGACCAGCUCACUGCGGCGACUGCGGCGACUCCAGCAGCAGCAGCAGCAGGAGGAGCAGCAGCGGCAGGGGGAGGAGGAGGAGCAGGAGAAACAGCAGGCUCCUCUGACGUGGAGAUGCGGGCGGCGGAGGCGGAGGCGGAGGCGGAGGCGGAAGAAGAGGCGGCGGUGCCGGAGGCGGUGGUUGCUCUUCGGGACCGGGUUCUGAACAGGUUGCUGGAGGAGCUGACGGUUAGCGCCAAGACGGAGGUCCGGUGCUCAGGUUCGGUGUGGCUGGUCAGCCUGCUGGGAUUUUGUGGUAAGGCCGCUGCACUGAGGGGCUCGACGCUGCCGAAGAUCCAGGAGGCGCUCAGCGGUUUGCUGGGGGACACCAACGAGUUGACUCAGGAGAUGGCCUCCCGGGGAGUGUCUCUGGUUUACCGGCUCGGUGAUGCCGAGGCUCGAGAGCAGUUGGUCACCCGGCUGGUGGCAGUGCUCCAGGGGGGGGCCGGGGCGGGAGGGGGAACCGGGAGACCCGUCAAACUGACAGCCGAUACACAGGUGUUCGAGGAGGGAGCGCUGGGGACUGCCCCCGGCGGGGGUGGGGGUGGGGGUGCUGGCAGCGGUAGUGGUGGCAGUGGUAGUGGCGGCAGUGGAGGGGGGUUAUCGACGUAUAAGGAGUUGUGUGCGCUGGCCACUGACCUGGGGCAACCCGACCUCAUCUACAAGUUCAUGGAUUUGGCCCACCACGCCGCCGCCCUCAACAGCCGUCGGGGGGCCGCAUUCGGGUUCGCGGGUAUCGCGCGACUGGCGACAAAGGGCGGGGGGACUCCCGGGGAUGUGCUGGCGAAACACCUUGCGGCGCUGGUGCCCAAGCUGUACAGGUACACCCACGACCCCAACCCCAAGGUGGCGGAGGCCAUGGUCACCAUUUGGAGAUCACUGGUGGAUGACCCACGGGUCACUCUGGACAAGGUGGGCGGGGGGGUCGUGCCGAGUGUUUUAUUUCGUAGGUCGUACACUUGUUCGCGCGGGCAAAUCAUGGCAAUGGAGGCGACUGGUGGUUGUGGUGGUUAUGGUGGCUGCAGGUGGCCUGAGCUGUCGCCGUACUUUUCCCAGAUCUGGAUCAUGACAUUCCGUGCAAUGGACGACAUAAAGGACAGUGUACGGCGGGCGGCGCUUUCACUCGCCCGUACAGUACGGGGGCUUACGUUGCGGCUCGCGGAUCCCGCACAUACUCCCGCAAAAGACUGCUCUUCCGCUGUGGAGGUUAUGAUGCCCGUACUCCUAGAGCAGGGCCUUAUGUCAAAUGUGGCUGAGGUCCGGUCUCUGUCCGUGGAGGUGUUGGGUUUGGUGUGCCGUACAGCUCCCCCUCCCGCCCUCCGACCCCUGCUACCCUCCCUGGUGCCCCCGCUGCUGGAGGCGCUGAGCUCACUUGAGGAUGUAAGGAGGUUGUACGGAAAGACAGGCGAAUCUAGAUGCCAAUUGAACAUGCACUGGGUUGUGCGGCUGCGGAUGAGUGAGUGUCAGCGUGGGACAGCAACCGUUGGGAAGACCGUUGGGAAGACCGUUAAGCAGCCGUUAAGAGCGUCAGGGCUCAACUACGUGGAACAGCACGCUGAGAGAUUGGGUUUGGAUUCGGAGCGGCUGGAGGGCGCGAGGGUGGCCGCGGCCCGGGCGUCACCCUUGGUGGGUUUGAGUGUCUCUUCUUUUUUGGGUGACACUCUGGACCUAGCUGCCCGCCUAGCUGACGCCCCCUCCCUGGAGCCGCUGGUGUCCGCACUAAUCGGGACCAUCAAGAGAGGCGUGGGACUCAAUACGAAGGUUGGCACCGCCCGCUUCAUCCGCAACUUGGCAUCUCGUCCCGGGGCGGCGGUGGCGCCGCCAACUGCCGUAACCGGCAACAGCGGCGGCGGUGGCGGCGGCGGCGGUGCCAUUGCAGCGGAGCCGCUGCUACGGCCGCAUGCCGGACCCCUGCUCCGAGUGCUGGUGGGCGCUGUACGGAGCGAACGGAGCGGUACUGUACGACGGGCGUACGCGUCGGCGGCGGCGCAGGUCGGGUUUUUGUGGGUAGGGCACGCAGGCCAGGCGGAGUGA